CCAGUGGACAGGGAGAGACAGAGAGAGAUAGAGAGAUCAACAGCAAAGGACAGUGGAUGUUUUAGACGCGUUCAGAUGAAAGAAGAUUGAAAAGAGCAAAAGAAUGAGGUAAAGAGAAAAUCUGCUUUGGUCACUGUUAAACCUCUGAGCAUCAACACUGUGGGGAUUAACUGGAGGUGAAAGAAGACCAGCGCCUCUGCAGAAUGAGCUCUGCAGAAGGAGCUUGACUUGUAAACACAUCAUCACCAGCUCUUCCCACAAGGCAACAUGUCAUCUUCAGGAGCAACAAACCACAGCAAAUGUCUCUCAUGUCAUGAACCAGGAACAAUCAACGAACCAGGAACAAUCAACGAAGCAUUUGCAUGCUUAAAUGCUGGGCCAGAUCAUUCUCAGAGAGGUUUUGAUGUGGAGGCAGCCUCAAUGAAGCUGAGAGAGAGACAGCGAUUUUUUGAGGAAGUUCUCCAGCAUGAUGUGGACAUCUACUUGUCUGCUAAUCUUCUUCAUAUCAACAGCAGGAAACCUCCCAUGGACAGCAUCUCAUCACUGGAGGUUAACGUGGACAUCCUGGAGCAGAUGGACCUUAUGGAGGUCUCUGACCAUGAGGCUCUGGAUGUCUUCCUAAACUCUGGCAAUGAUAAUAGUGUUCUCAGAACUCCUCUACAGGAGGAAGACAAUGAAGAGUUGGAAGAAGGUGAUGAUGAUGGUGAGAUGGUUUUCAGACAGAAGCAAAAGCAAGCCAAGUCCAGAACCUUGUCCACCUCCUCAUUGUCCAGCAAAGGCGACAGUGACGGAGGCAGGGACACUCCAAUCAUCCAAUCAGAUGAGGAGGAAGUCCAGGUGGACAAUUUCCUGUUGAAUUCCACAACCUCAGCCAUGGAGGAGUAUGAAGAGGAAGAGGUGGAGGAAGAAUAAGGGGGCUAAUAUCCUUGACGGUUGUCAUACAGCCGACAUAUGUUUGGUGACAAAGAUCCUUGUGAAAAGGAUUUUUCAAGAGCUCUUUAGUGAAGACAAUGAUUCCAUAAAGAGCCAUUGAUACUCAAAGAACCAGCUGUAUGAUUACAUGGUUCUUUGCAUUGAGAUAUUGGUCCAUCAGAUCGAUGGGGAACGUGUCGUAUAUGCUUCUCUUUAGCACCAAUAAAUGGUUCUUCUAUUAUCACAAACUUGACUUCGUCACAAAAGCAGCAGAACCCUUUUUGGUGCUAUAGAGAACCAUUUUCAAAAAGCUUCUAUAUAUAAAAAUAUACAACACAUUGUCCAUCAAUCUGAAGAAUCAUCUUACCAUGUUAAGCAUGCAAAAGCUUCUUACGGUGUUCUGGGUUCUAAUGAUAUAAAACCAUUGUCUUUACUAAGGAACCCUUGAAGAACCACCUUUUGUAAUAAUUAGGCAGUUAUUUUUUGUAGGUGUGCCAUUGGCCAUUAAUACAUGGUGUUGGUACUGCAAAGUGGCACCGCAGGCUUUUGCUGCGUUUACAUUUUGAAAGAAACGUUAGUCCACUCCUCAUAUUGGUAUGUGACCAAAGACAAGGCGCAAAUGUUAGCAUGGUGACAGUGUUAAUAUAAAAUGAAUGAAUGAUUGUGUGGAUUGUUUAUUUCAGGUGUAAAGGAGGAUGCUCUACACUCUUUUAUUUGUGUUGUAUAAUACUGGCUUCAUCUGACAUAUAAGAACGAGAGGUUUGGCAUCAAUAGCUCCCAAAAGAAUCUAUAUCUAGUGUAUUACCUGCUGUAAUUGACAGCAAAACAUGAGAAAACAUUGACAAAACGUUCUGCUCACCACUGCAGUCUGUGGAUGAUGACUUCAGGUGUUAAAUAUGUUCUGACUGAUUAAUUACAUUUGGGGUUAGAUUGUUUAACAUUUGGUGACACUUUCUUUUAUAGUUUUUUUUAAGUUCUAGAUAAUUAUUUUAAUGGCAAGUUCCAUGGAAGUCUAACUUAGUAACACUGGAACACUGCCCAUAGUUUAUCCACCAAUCGCAAAUAGUGAAAUAACACUCCUCUUAAAGGUGUAAACGACAACCUGCAUGCCAAAUCUUGUACCAGCUAGACUGCUAAUUGGAGCUGCUGUAGAUGUUGAGUUAGCUAUGAAUAUCAAGAAGGCCCAUGAAGGACUUUGGAAUAUGGUGAUGCAGGAAGUAUUUAAUAUGAUUUUGUUUUAUUCAUAUGUAUUUUGAAAACCUGUAAUGGUCAUUCACUGUUUAAAGGGCCCAUAUCAUGUCUCCUGAUUUUUUUUUUUAGAUAGAAGAGUUUGACGUAGUUUGUACAUGAUUUGAUUUCAGUGUUUUUGUGAUGUCACAAGAACCAACACAAUUACAUAUAUCCACCUAUUCAACAGUUUAGCCCGAUCAUUAAGCAUACUGCAUACUUUAGCCCCGCCCAUUCACAAUAAAGUUAUAAGCACUGUUUUAGCCCAAACUUCUUUUUGAUUGUGGGACAAUACAAGGCACCAAUAAAACAGAACAUAUUUACAUAUAUCAAUCUUAAAGGCACAAUAACAAAAACAGCCUGUUUACAUGUAAAAGAUACAGAUUUUUUUAAGGAAAAAUACUGGCAGGCCAGCCACUCCUGGGAAGGUUCCUGGUAGAUUUCAAUGACUUUGUUUUGCAUCUGUGUUAGAAUCUCUGUAGGACGUGGCAUCUUGUGCUGCUUUUUGAGACCUUUCAGCUGCUUCACAUUGCCAGACAGGUUCUAUUUAAGUGAUGUUUAGACAAAGCAGGUCUAGCAGUGAUCAAUGCUGGGUGUGGCAGUGAAACUGAGUGAAUUUGGUUAACCGAUUGAUUUAGUAGCUAAGGGUGCAAUUACUUAAACACAUAGAGCUAGGUAGGGCUGAACAGCAUUCAAUAAAUCUAUAAUAAACCAUA